CUCUCAAUUGCUACUCUACUCCUAGAUGCUCUCAAACCUUCACUUCCACCAACCUCAAAUCUCAUGUUUCCUCACAAUCCACCGCCCGGAUGAUCCGCCAAAAAUGGCUUCCCAAUGCCAGGGCCAUCUUUGCCGCCCAGAAAAGAUCACUUUCUUCUCCUAGCACCAGGUUUCCCAACUUCGCCGAAAAGGAUGAGAGCUGGGCAACAUUGCAGGAGAAGCUCAAUUCUUCUCUGUCCAAUGUCGAUGCGAAAUCGAAGCCAGUGCCGGUGCCUGGCACUUCGUUGAAAGAUGCAAUGGCUCAGGAUAAUGGUUCUCGACAUAUGCUUAUCAUCGAGGGUCUGCCAACAUCGCUUCGCGCCGCUGACUUCCAUCGUCUUGCUCCAGGUACCCUCUCUGGCUGGGGCAACUUCAUCACACAUGUCCAUCAAGAACGUGACCCUUGGACUAUGGAACCCCUGGGCACAUACCACAUAACCUUCCCCUCUAGCGCCGCCGUCUACAUCUACCGCGAUAGAGUCGAACGUCUCCUCCGCCUCGCCCAAGCAAAGAUGAAAGACAAGACAGGUCUCUGGGCAACUAAAGUGAACCCCAUUCUCGUCAAUAAAAAAGUCAACCCCGCGGUCGAGGUCGAGCGCUUCACACUCCUUCCAGGGUCGUACGAAUCCAAGCCUGAGACCAAGAACAAACGAGCCAGAAAGAUGGCAUGGCAGAAGGUCAUGGACCGAAUCGUUGAAAAGUCUUCCAUAAAGGCUAGUCCUAGUGCAGUGCUGUUUGAGCUACCGCAGGCGAGUUUCUCAGCGUCAGAGCUCAAGGCGAUCAUCAAGCAGGAUGGUAUAGAAAGUGGACACAAUUGGAAAAUAGAUGUGUUCAGUCUGAGGGAAACUAUGGACUUUGAGAAGAAGGUCACCUCAGAUACCGCUCGAGUACCUCUGACUCGAGGCAGUCCCGAUUUUCGACAUAAGCUCGAUUCACGGUUUGUCCUUACCUGCGAGAGCCCUGAGGUUGCAUGGCGAUUCAUUCGUAGUUGGAAUCAGCGCAUUCUUGAAUAUGAUGGAGGAGAUGAGGUUAUUCAACGUAACCGUGUAAAAGCAUCAUACAUUGAGACUUAGCGAUUGUAUUAUAUGAUGACAAAUAAAUUCUAAGAGUCAAAGA